GUGGCCCCUGCAGCCACCCUGCCUUACAGGCCCUCCUCCCCGAAGAGGUACUCCAGAGAUCUCUAGCCCUCUUGCAGCUGAGAGGAGCCCAGGAUCUCAGAUUUGAACCAGGCCGACUGAGCUCUCCUACGAUAAAAAAAAAAAAGAAAAGAGUUGAAAUGCAUGGAGAUUCCUGAUCCAAGAGUCGUGUGUGACUGCUCGCAUUUCCACAGCCUCACUUCCUUAGGCUUGAGCUUGCUGGAAUUGUGGCGGGGCUCCUUGCCGAUCUCAAGAGCCUAAAGCCAGAGGGACCCCCAGUCAGUGCUCACUGAACGUUGUUCUUCUCUCAGCAGUGAACAAUACCCCUGAGCAAUGGGUGAGACAUUCUCCCAGCUGGGCUCCCGGGAGGAUGAGAACAAGUCGAUCCUGCCCUCCGCCCCAGCCUUUGGCAGCCAGGCUGCCAGCUACUCCAGCACCACCAGCAGCAAGGCUUUUUGUUCCUGUGUGCCUUGUGAAAGGGCUGCCGGUGUCAGCUUUGUGACUUGUCCCACGUGCCAGGGCAGUGGGGAGAUCCCUCGAGAAGUAGAGAAGCAGCUGGUGGCCCUCAUCCCCUAUGGGGACCAGAGGCUGAAGCCCAGGCACACGAAGCUCUCCGUGUUCCUGGCAGUGUUCAUCUGCCUGGUGACCUCCUCCCUCAUCGUCUUUUUCCUGUUUCCCCGGACUAUCGCCGUGCAGCCUGUAGGCCUCAACUCCUCCACGGUGACUGUUGGCGAGGCCGCUAUCCACCUCAAUAUAACGAAUAUCGUGAGCAUCUCCAAUAACAACUACUACCCUAUCGCUGUGACCCAGCUGACCAUUGAGGUGCUGCACCUGUCCCUCGUGGUGGGGCAGGUCUCCGACAGCCUCCUCCUCCACAUCGGCCCUUUGGCCAGUGAGCAGCAAGAUCUGUACCUGGCUGAAAAUCAAAGUCCACCACGUGCUUCUGCACAUCCAGGGCACCCUGACCUGUUCCUACCUGAGCCAUUCAGAGCAGCUGGUCUUCCAGAGCUACGAAUAUGUGGACUGCCGGGGAAACGCAUCCAAGCCCCACUUGGUGGUCCCUCGCCCGCCGUGACCUGUCUGCUGUCGUCGAGCUCCGGGCACCUGCCGGCCUGGAACGGAAGCUUGGUUCUUCUAGAGGCCAGCACCACAUAUUCCCCUUGGUCUGUCUUGAGGAAAGUCUGCCCUGACAUUUCCUCAGAGCCGCCUCAGCGGCAUGGAGUGGCACCCACACUGUCUGUGCUGAGCAGCUUGGUUGCCCAGCUCAUCCAGGGAAGACCUUGGUCCUGCCUGAAUGUGGAGAAAGCUUUCAUUUUGUCUGGCUUUUAAUACAUGGAUCCUUUCCAAGUUCUCCACCUGGUAAUGAGAAAGUGACUUGGGGGACAGCCAGUGUUGUCCCCAGGGCCUUUUAGGGAACCGCAGGUGCUCUCCUAUGCCGCCCUGCUUUGGUCGUGUGACAGGGUGAUGGUGAUGGCCUGCUUCCCGCCUGGUAACUUGCGCCCACACCCCACCCAUCUGACAGCAAGAUCGGCCAAGGCCCUUUGGCUCUGCGGCCUUCCUGGUUAAAGACUGUCUGGGUCCCCAGGAAGUCGGAGCUGUUCUGCAGCCCAAGCUUCUCCUCUCCCGAAAACAGUUUUAUCGUUCUCUUCGGAGCAGGAACCAAAGUAGGAGGGGAGGGGAGGGAGGCACCAGGUACCCCCUGGGCCUGCACAGGAAAAACAGACAAAGCCAGAGUCAUUUUAAAAGGUUUUUAUUGAAGGAGGCCACACGCCUGAGCCCACGUGAGGGGACACAGGCAGGUCAAA